AUGAGGACGUUUGAGGUGAACCUCCUUCGCCCACCAGAGUGCUUAAGCGAGGCAGCCCGUAUCUCGCGUCUUCGGGCUGAAAGAUACGCAUGCCGGAUCACGGAGCUGCCCCAGGGCUGCGGCGCCUACGUUCUCGUUCUCCCGGACAUGUUGCUGAAAACACAAAGAGGCAACAAGGCCUCCAAGGAGGAGGACAACCAACCCCACCCGCGCACUUCACAGCUUGGUGUUGUUGGCGGCCGCGCAGGUUGCGUGUGGCGUGGCUUGUUCGUGUUUUUCAACGAUAGAAACACCAUCGCCGACAGAUCUAGACUUCGAUUGGGUGAACAAGAGGCAUCUCGUUGCAGACUCUGGAUGCAAGAGGCUGUCCUCCCCGACGAGAUGGGGGUUGCGGGCAGGGGUGACAGCCCUUGUACGUUUACCAGGAUUCUCUGCAUCGUGGGUAGCAUUCUGUCAAGUCAACAACUUGAGAAGCACCGCAUCGAAAGUGCCUCAAUGUGA